UCACGUUGCACAAAUGUGUCGAGCGCUCUGGAGUGGUUGACGGCAGCUACGUGACUGGGACAUACUUUGUUCAAAAUAGUUAUUAUAUGGUCCGGCGAUCGAUUUGAUAGGAUUUAGACUUUCGGAUAUUGAAGCUUAGACACACGUGGAGUCGAAAAGUCUUCAAGGCAGAUCCUUACAUCCAACAUUAAACCCUGAUUGAGCAAACACCUAUUAGUUGUCACCACAUGGAACCCAUUCCCCUACUGACCACUGUAAUUGGACAAAUUACUAUUGAUGUGUGACCAAAGUGCGGAGAUGCCUGGAGGUGACAGCGGCCCAGAUGGGGAGGAGCCCGCGUUUCCGUCAGCAACAGGAGAAGAUGGAGGGGAAGAGAGGAUGGCGUCCGGGCAGCAAGACGGAGGGGUGCAGUCAGAGCACCUGGUGGGGGGGGAGAGCAGAGCUUCAGGUGGGGAAGUCGGGCAGGAAGAUGAGGAGAUGACUAGCGGAUCACAUGACCUCUCUUCCUCAGCCAAUCACAGCCCUGGUAGCGCCAUAGGAUCCACCUCAGCUUCAACAAAGAGUAGUGAGAACACAGAUGGUGACCGAGGGCAGGCCCACCGAGAGGUGAUGAUCACAGUGGCUGAGAUGAAGAAGAGGCUUCCAUCUGACAAACGCAGUCGCAGCAAAGCCAGCACGUUGGAGGCCUUACAUUAUGCACUCAACUGUGUCAAACAAGUGCAAGCCAACAGCGAAUACUACAAACUGCUCAUGCGAAAUGGCCAGGACGAGAGGAGAGAUGCCAGUGUUUGCACCCUGGAAGAGUUGGACAGAGUCACCUCUGAACACACCCUUAAAAACACGGACUCCUUCGUGGUGGUUUUCUCGCUGUCGAGUGGCCGUGUGCUGUACGCGUCGGAGCAGGCUCCCAGCAUCCUUUGCUGCAAGAGGAAGUUCCUGGAGUCGGCCAAGUUUGUGGAGCUGCUCUUCCACCAAGAUGUUAAUGUCUUCUACUCGCACACGGCUCAGCCCCAUCUGCCACCUUGGAGCAACUCACACACAGUGGGGGUUCUGUUUGACUGUGCCCAGGUCAAGUCUUUCUUCUGCAGAAUCAGGGGUGGAAAGGACCGUGAGGGCGAGAUGCGUUACAACCCGUUUCGGAUAACACCCUACCUGCUGAAGGUGCAGGGAAAAAGAAGCAGUGGGGAGGAAGAGGAGCCAUGCUGCCUUGCACUAGCUGAGCGCAUCAUCUCUGGAUAUGAAGCUCCUCGCAUCCCCUUGGACAAGCGCAUCUUCACCACCACACACUCCCCUGGCUGUGUGUUCCUGGAAGUGGAUGACAGGGCUGUGCCGUUGCUAGGAUACCUUCCUCAGGAUCUGAUUGGCACGUCGUUGUUGACUUGUAUCCACCCAGACGACCGCCUUCUCAUGCUGUCUAUGCACCGAAAAGUGUUGAAGUAUGCGGGCCAGUCUCCGUUUGAGCACUCCCCGGUGCGUCUGCGCUGUCAGAAUGGAGACCACAUCACCUUGGACACCAGCUGGUCGAGCUUCAUCAACCCCUGGAGCCGCAAGGUGGCCUUCAUCAUUGGACGGCAUAAAGUCAGGACGAGUCCACUGAAUGAGGAUGUUUUUGCUGCUCGAACUAAGGAUGAUAUUCCAGUCACUCACGAGGAAAUAAAAGAUCUGCAAGCAAAGAUCUACAAGCUUUUCCUGCAGCCGGUCCAUAACAAUGGUUCCAGUGGUUAUGGCAGUUUGGGAAGUAACGGCUCUCAUGAGCACUACAUCAGCGUAGCCUCUUCAAGCGACAGCAAUGGUAACCUGUGGGAGGACUCACACCGAGAACCGAUGACUCUGCAGCAGAUCUGUGCUGAUGUGAACAGAGUCAAGAGUUGGGGCCAGCAGGCUUAUCUGGGUUCCAGCCACAAAAUUGCUCUUCUUGGCAAACCUGCCACAGCACGUAUGCCCCCGGCAGCCUCCAACCCUGAGGUCAGAGAUCAUGAAGAAAGCAGGAAGCAAACACACAUUCCCUCCUAUCAGCAGAUCAACUGUGUGGACAACAUCAUCAGGUUUUUGGAGAGUUGUACAGGUCCAGCCCUUAAGAGGAAAAGUGACUCUCAUUCCCUGGCCACCUCUUCUUCUUCAUCCUCUACCUCAGAAGACGACAAGCCUGCUGGAGCCACUGACACGGCUCAGGCUACCUCAGAUGUGGUUUUGGACAGUGGGGUGUCAGUGGCCCCUACAGCAGCAGCAGUUGUUGGAGCGCCUCUGACGGACAUCACAAUGUCUACGAAGGCCAUGAGUGUAGUCUCUGUCACCAGCCAGUGUUCGUACAGCAGCACCAUCGUCCAUGUGCCACAGCCUGAAUCAGAGGCCACGGCACUAGAGGACGCCCCUAUGGGCAGUGAGCCUGCUGACGCUGCUCCGACCCCUGUCCGUCCUGCACCGAGCCCCGCCGCAGAGGAACGAAGGGUUAUAGGUCUCACCAAGGAGGUGCUGUCAGCUCACACCCAAAAGGAGGAGCAAGAGUAUGUGGAUCGAUUCCGCCAUCGCAUCCUCCAGAGCCCCUACAGCUCCUACCUGCAACUGGACAACAGCUCUAUGGCUCACUCCCACCACCCAGGCGACUACCUACGUCCACUGAGUGCUGGCGGGUUGAACCGCUCUCGGAGAGGGAAGCCCAGACACAAGCGCCCUAAACCCCAGGGUUCCUCAGACAGCUACGCUUCCCCACCUGGCCCUCCUCGCAGAGUCCCCAAUUCCUCCUGGCCCUCCUCAGAGUCCUCCCAGCCCCAGAUGGGGGCGCCCUACAGCCAAACAUCCCAACUCCAGGCGCCAUUUUUCCCCAUGAUGGCGACCCAGCCUGGCCCGGAGCAACCUCCCAGACCACAGCAGCUGCCUGGAGUGAGCCCUGUAGUGCUACAGCCUCCUGACCAAACCCAGUUCAGCUACAACUUCAUGCAGUCUCCUCAGACCCUGCCAGGCAUGCAACCAAUCCAGAUGGAGCCCAUUCAGAAUCUGCAGAAUAUACAGAACUUUCACAACCUGCAGCCCAUGGCUCAAGCUCAGACCAUCAACCCAUACAUGGCUCCGGUCAUGGCUGUCAUCCUGCCCAACUACCAAACUUUCACUCCAGGUUACCCUUCCAUUUACCCACCAUCCGCUCCUUCCAUGCUCCCCCAGGCACCCAUCACCAUGACAGGCUUUGCCCCUAGCAGUGCCGCCUUCCCUCAGCCCCUGUUCCAAGCCCAGCCUGGCCCCCAAACUCAGACCCCCCUGGGCCCUCUGCUCUGCUCACCCAGACCUAGCUCCUCUAUCGGGGAGGAGGAGGAAGAAGCCGGGCCUCGUGCUUUAUUCUCCAGCUCCCGAUCGAGUUCUCCGCUGCAGUUGAACUUGCUGCAGGAGGAGCUGCCGAAGCCGAGUGAAGGGCAGAGCAGCACCGGGCACAACCACGCUGAGAGCCUCCACGAAAAACAUGCCAACGAGGGUGAUAACCCCAGUGAUUCUGGGAACCAUGAUGCCCAGUCUACAUCAAGUGAGCUGCUUGACCUGCUGCUGCAGGAAGAUGCCAGGUCAGGGACCGGCUCCAACGCCUCAGGCUCUGGGUCAGGGGAGUCUGGAGGCUCCCUGGGAUCUGGGUCUGGAUCUGGCUCUAAUGGAACCUCCACCUCACACACUGGCAGCAGCAACAGCAGCAAAUACUUUGCCAGCAAUGAUUCAUCAGACACAUCACGCAAAGCCCGCAAGAGCCAGGAGGCACCGACAGAGCACCAACACAGCUUCGACACUCGGGUGGAGAGCUCACUGUGGAGCAUUAUCCAGCACACGCCUGAGCAUGUCAUGAUGACGUACCAGAUCCACACCAGGGACCAGAAUGAGGUGUUGGCAGAGGACAGGGAGAAGCUUCGGGUGCUUCAGCCCCUCCAGCCCUGGUUAAACCAGGAGCAGAGAGAGGAGCUGGCUGAGGUCCAUCCCUGGAUUCAACAGCACACUAUCCCACAGGAGAUCGACACACAGGGUUGUGUGAGCUGCAGCGCAGGUGCAGGGGUCGCCCACUCCCCUCACCCUCCUGCCCCCGACAGCUCAUCCCCUCUGGAGAGCCCUCAGCAGGACUCCAUCGGACCUGUGGUGGACACUUGAGAGACCUGGAAGCCAAAAGAACCAAGCACCCAGAUCACAGCGAACCAGCCCUGCCAGAAAAACAUUGACAAAUCCCACCAUGCAUUUCUUCUGACCAAUCCGGAGCAGUGGGUCCUUGUGCUUUAGUUUGAAGUGUAACAUGUUUUGUAAAGGUAUCAGUGGCUGGACCAGGCCCUGAGGAACACAGAGGCGAGAGCAACAGGCAUUUUUACUGUCAUUUUCUCUUAGUAAGCCUAAUGUGACUGCCUUUAUUGGACCAUAAAUAUUAUACCUCUCUACUUUUUGUGUUUAUAGACCCCUGUAGGGGUUUAGUUUGUAUUUAAGAUAUUUUUGGCACCAUGAGCCACUCGAUAUAGGAUCCCAUGGUUACUGCCCCUGAACAUUAGCACUGUGUACACACACCCAGUCUAUAGGAUGUGUGCAACUGGGUGACAAAACAAUGACCGUGCUGGCCCCGUUUGAGAAUCAGAACCCAUGUCAGACUCUUCUCCAGAGACAUGGAGUGCAGGUUGUACAGUGUGUGUACCACAUCAACUCCUUCAACUGCAUUGUGACCUACCAUGAUUGACACAUGGUAGAUUGUUUUGAUGGACACGGAGACAAAGACACAUUUGCUGCUCUCUGUUUAUAAUGUUCUGAUUAUAAUCUUGUAAGUUAAUUGGUGUUGGAGUGUAUUCUCUUAUUCCAUAUGUUGUUUUCCUCUCGACCAGAACAUCAGUCUUUAUGUUACGCUGACUCACAAACAACAGCAAAUAUAUUGAUCAUUUCAAAUUCAAUUUAGUGUUAAAACACAAGUCCAACCCAAUGUCCUAACCUUCCUGUAGCACCCCCCAGUAUCCUGCCUUGUCCUCACACUACAGUACCUGUAGCUUACCUCUAAUUGUAAACUGACACAACGUGGCCCCAAUUUUCUUUUAAUCCUGGGUUUACUUACUGAAUGAAUUUCCUCUUAGAAUCCGUGUUAGCUGUCUGUUUGACUGGCUAUGUGUGCGUGUCUGUGUGAAAGAGGAAUUGACUAAACUAUUGUAGUUCUGUGAACGUUGUCACAUUUUUUUCUCAUACUGGAUUCAGAUUACAGGUGAGCAGGUGUGUGUGUGUGUGUGUGUGUGCGUGCGCGCGCGUCCGUGCGUGUUUGUGAGCCUGCGUGUGCUGACCUUCGAUACAGUUGUCCGACAGUGCAAGACAGACCAGGGUUUUCUACCAUUUUUAGAUUCAAAGUAUAUACAGUACAAUGUAUUUUAUAGAAAAAGUACACAAAACAAACUUCACAAAGUGUAUAAAAAGCCAUUUGUCUUGAAUUCAGGGACUGUUUGUUUGUGACACAAAGGAAUGAAUAAAUGAACUAUGACCUAA